AUGCAUCAGCAUUUAUGUUGUUCAGAAUGUGGAAAGUAUUUUCCUACCUUGAAUUUUGUUCAAAAACAUAAACAGUCUCAACAUUCUGCUCGUAAAUCUCGAAAUUCUAAUUCAGCAACACAUGAGUUUAUAUACUCUCAACUCUAUGUGCUUAUAAAGCCAUACGUGUCUACACAAAUUAAAAAAAAUGAUUUCGAAUAUAGCCUUUCCGAUA